AGGAGAGAAGGGAACAGGAGGCGUUUGUUUUUGAUAUUGAGAGAGCCCGCGGGUGCACUGCACUCCCCACACACACUCUGCAGCCUCUCAGCCGCCGCGCUGCUCCACUCCAGCAGCCUGCAAGAGACGCAACGAGGAGGGGAGAGAGGCAAAAGGAGCGACGGAGAUGGCGAGCAUCAACAUGGAGCUGCGGCUGCGGCUGCUGGGGCUGGCGUGGCUCCUUCUGGCUUCUCAAACGCAUCGUGUCCGGUGUCUUAACGGCGACGAGGACCAGAGCCAGGACACCGAGUGCAAGAUAAAGAGCGUCACCGUGUCGGCGCUGCCGUUUCUUCGGGAGAACGACCUGAGCAUCAUGCACAGUCCGUCGGCCUCCGAGCCCAAGCUGCUGUUCUCCGUCAGGAACGACUUUCCCGGAGACGUCGUGGUGGUGGACGACCUGGAAAACACUGAGCUCCCCUUCUUCGUCCUGGAAAUAUCUGGGAACUCAGAAGACAUCCCUUUGGUGCGCUGGCGGCAACAGUGGCUGGAGAACGGAACUCUCCUCUUCCACAUCCACCACCAGGAUGGGAGCGUAAACCUCCCAGAACCAACCGAAGACCCGGCCAAUGAUUCCACGAAGGAAGAGCUCCGCAUUCUGCACAUCUCUGUUAUGGGUGGGAUGAUUGCCCUUCUGCUGUCCGUCCUGUGCCUCGUCCUGAUCCUGUACACUCGCAGGCGCUGGUGUAAACGCCGCCGCAUCCCUCAGCCCCAGAAGAGCGCCAGCGCUGAGGCGGCUAAUGAGAUCCAUUACAUCCCGUCAGUGCUGAUGGGAGGGCAGGCCCGGGAGAGCUUAAGGAACUCCAGGGGUCAGGGGCCGAACACCAGUGGUACCCUCAGCAUCCGGGAAACACCGAUUUUGGACGGGUAUAGAAUUAUGUGGGAGGGGUAUGAGUACGACAUCACAGACCUGCGUCACCACCUGCAGCGAGAGUGCAUGAAUGGUGGGGAAGAGUUCUCUAGCCAAGUCACCCGGACCCUAGACUCCCUUCAGGGAUGCAAUGACAAGAAUAAUAUGGACCUGACACCUGUGAGUGACAACACCAAGUUGGCCCUGAUGAACAAAUACAAGGACAACAUCAUCGCUACAAGUCCCAUCGACAGCAACCACCAGCAGAACACCCUGCUUCCACACAACACCUCAACCAGCCAACGCAAACGCCUCUCCAGCAACACCCGCGCGGGUUCAACUUUCUUGAACCCAGACGGGGACUCUGGGACGGAGGCAGACAGCGAGCCUCAGCUGGCCUUUUACACCGACCCGAACCGCAGUCGGCGCCGGAGUCGAGGUAUGAGAAAUGGUAACGCCAACAGCGCGUGGGGCUCUGGGGCAGCAGGGUCCCCGCGGAGCCCCAUCAAUAAGACCACCCUGACUCUGAUCAGUGUCAUCAGCUGCGUGAUUGGCCUGGUGUACUCAUCUCACCUCUCCUGCAGCCCCUCAGUCCGAGUAAUCUUACAUGUGCCGGAGCACCUCAUAGCUGACGGAUCAAGGUUCAUUUUGCUGCAGGGGAGCCAGUUGGAUGCUUCAGACUGGCUCAACCCAGCCCAGCUCUUGUUGUACUACCAGCAGAACGCCAGCGGACCUUGGGUCAAUGAGCUCUGUGGACGGCGCCUACUGGAUCCCUGUGAACACCAGUGUGACCCAGAAACUGGAGAAUGUCUUUGCUUAGACGGCUACAUGAAGGACCCCGUCCACAAGCAUCUCUGCAUUCGCAGCGAAUGGGGCCCCAAUCAGGGUCCCUGGCCUUACACCAUCUUCCAGCGUGGUUUUGAUCUUGUGAUGGGAGAACAACCCUCUGAUCGUAUUUUCAGAUUCACAUACACUUUAGGAGAAGGGAUGUGGCUUCCGUUGAGCAAAAGCUUUGUGAUCCCUCCUGCUGAGCUCGCUAUCAACCCGUCAGCCAAAUGCAAAACAGACAUGACAGUAAUGGAGGACGCAGUCGACGUCAGAGAAGAGCUCAUGAUCAGCUCAUCCUUUGACUCGUUGGAGGUUCUGCUGGACUCUUUUGGACCGGUCCGAGACUGCAGCAAGGAUAACGGAGGCUGCAGCCGGAACUUCCGCUGCAUAUCUGACCGAAAGCUUGAUUCAACCGGAUGUGUGUGCCCUCCAGGUCUGAGUCCAAUGAAAGAUGGGACGGGGUGCUACGACCACCACAUUGGCAUCGACUGCUCUGAUGGCUUCAAUGGUGGAUGUGAGCAGCUGUGCCUCCAACAGCUGGCCCCUCUAGAGGAUGACCCGACACUCUACAACAUCCAGAUGUUUUGUGGGUGCAUUGAAGACUAUAAGCGAGGUCCUGAUGGGAGGUCGUGCCUGCCGUUGUCUGAAGCCUGCACUGAGGGCGUAGAUUGUGGAGAAGCCUUGGAUGUCCCUGCCAACCAGACUGUUUUUGGAGACCUAUAUUAUGGAUACAACAAUCACACUAAAGAAAGCACCUCUGGACAGAUCCUAAAGGCAACAUUCAGGCAUAAGAACUUUGCCCGAGGCAUUGAGCGCCAGCUCCCAGAUGGGAUGGUGGUGGCAUCAGUGCCAACGGAGGUCCAGUGCCACGAGGAGCUGUCAGACCCUGUGCCCGACCCAGAAUACCUCACGGGUAUGGUGAACUACAGCGAGGUUUCUGGAUACCCGCUCGUUCAGCACUGGAGUCUUCGCUCUGUCCUGUACCACGUCAAACUCAACCAGUGGGUCCUGUCUCAAGCUUUUAGCUCAGCCAUCCAUUCUCUGGAUGGAGCAACACAGCGGAGCGAUUUUGUCUCCAUCCUCAAGGAGUUUGGGAAUCACUACGUGCAGGAGGCAGUGUACGGCUUCCAGGAGUCCUGCACCAUCUGGUACCCCAACAAGCUGGUUCAGAGACAGCUGUGGCUUGAGUACCAGGACAUUAGCAAAGGUAACUCGCCAUCAGAGGAGUCUGAGGAGCGUGAUAAGGAGCCCAGGACGCUGACCUACCCGGCGUACAUUGCCAGCCUCCUGGACACGGGUGCUAAGCGCAUGGCGGCUGGCGUCAGGAUGGACUGCAACAGCCAGGGCCAGUGCCCGCGCUCCUGUCACCUCUGCCACAUGAGCCCCAGGGCGGUGCAAGGGCGGCAGCUGUCAGAACCUGUCCUGUUGAAGAUCACCAAAGCUGCACCCAUCUAUGAACUGGUGUCCAACAAUGAGACCUAUCAGGCUCUCCAGGAGGCGAUGAUGAGCAUGCUGUGGUGCUCAGGCAAAGGUGACGUCAUCGACGACUGGUGUCGAUGCGAUUCCAGCGCGUUCGGCACCGACGGACUGCCCACCUGCGCCCCACUCCCUCAGCCCAUGCUGAAGCUGUCUUACACCUAUGAGCCCAGCAGCUCAUUGGUCAUCAUGGAGUGGAACCACACCGAGCCUCCAAUAGGUGUACGGAUCGUUGAUUACCUCAUCAGCCAGGAGAAAGUGACGGAGAGGACUGACCACUCCAAACUUGAGACAGAAACCCUUUUGAGUUUUGUGGAUGACAUCCUGUCUGGGGCCAGGUCUCCAUGUGUGAUGUUAGGAGACAUUCCCAACCUGCUGUCCUCCUCCAUCAGUAUGAUCAUCCGCUGCCUGGAGCCUGACACCACAUACAUGUUCCGGCUGUGGGCAGUGGACAAUACAGGACGUCGCUCAAGUCCCAGCGAGGUCACUAUCAAAUCUCCGUGUCCAACUGUGGACGAUGUCAAAGCACAAGAAAUUGCGGAUAAGAUUUAUAAUCUGUUCAACGGCUACACAAGUGGGAAGGAGCAACAGACGGCCUACAACACCUUGAUGGACCUGGGGGCCCCCGCUCUGCACCGCGUGCUUUACCACUACAACCAGAGAUACGAGAGCUUUGGAGAAUUCACCUGGAGAUGUGAAGAUGAACUAGGACCUAGGAAAGCCGGCCUCAUCCUCUCCCAGCUAGAUGAGCUCUCCCUUUGGUGUAAAGGUCUCCUUCAGGAACCAAAGAUCGGCCUCCGUAGGAUGUCCUUGAAGUUCCUUUCCUGCCGUUACAGUGACACCAAAGCCUUUGGGCUCAACUGGUCAGAGAUGGGCCAGGAUGUGCACAAGGCCUGUGAUGAACAGACACUCACGGUCAUGUACAAUGACUAUGGCGAACCCAAGGAGCUCUAAAGGUUCAGGUUUCAGUUUGGAUCCACACAGAACCCUUAUUUAGAAAAACAAAAUCCAGUUUUUGCAUAUUUUACCCCAGAACAUCAUUAUCCUAUUACUAAAUACCCAUUUAAAAGCCAUUUACACAGUAACUGGUUGACUUUAGUGUAUUAUUAACAUUAACAUGUAUUAACAGUGUUUUGUAGCUCAUGGUACUUUUGUGUGGAUUGAAGUCAUUUCCCCUUCUUUGAAAUGAAGAUUGAAAAAUAUGGAAACAGUUGCAGUUUAGCUAGAGAUAUGAAGUCUAUGUGUUACUUGCAUAACUUGGUUGGAGUCCUGUUAAGUGUUUUUCAUUGUAUGAAAAACACACUUGUAAUUAUAAAUCUACACGUUUCUGGCACACCAAUGUCUGGACCUAAACCUUUAGUGAGUUUUUGAAAACCCAACCAGUGCAUUGAUGAAUUUAAAUUUCAGAUUUUAGCUGAAUGUGGAAUUCUGUCCAUAAAAACAUGAACAUCAUCAUCAUCAUCAACUUCUAUUAGUCACAUUUUUUUUAACUAUUUUCAGAGUAGAGCAGUCUAGCAGAGGAUAAACAAUUGUUAAAGAAACCCAUUUUUACUGUUUCGUUUUAUGUUUGAUUAUAAGUUGGGCUUUUUUUUUUUUUUUUUUUUUUUUGCAUAACAGUUUUUACGUUGCAGUUUUUCAUACUGCAGGAUUUGAGAUGUAGCUUCCCUGAUUAGACUUAUUGAGGAUUAGAGCUGCUGAAAAAAAAAGAAAAGCAGAUUUCAGAUUUCUGUUUUUUUCCCCUCAGAAUUCAGAUUUUUCACUUCUAAGAAAAAGUAUGAAUUCUGAGAUUAAAGUCAGAAAAUGACCCUAAUCCUCUUCCGUAGGCUUUUGCAGGCUCUGUGCGUCUCUAAAUUUGAACAAAAGCAAAGAGACGGAGCCUUUGUUGAAAAGGAGAACAAAGAAUGUACAGAGCAUCUAUAUAAACAACGGGAGGGGACGAUUUCUGGGGAGCUCUUUUAGAAACAUAGAGAUUUAAAUACAUGUACAUAGCCUUGUCAUAAAAGUUUUAGUAACUUUACAUAACCUGCUGAAUGUAUUGUUGAUAUAUUGCAUUUAAAAAUGAAUUUCUCUUGGGAUAUCCAAAACAUGCUAUCUGACAUGUUCAGACAGACAGAAAACAUGUUUUCUCAUGGUUAAGACACAAUCUCUUUGCAGUUAUUAGACACAUCUGUGUUUAAACUUUACUUAUCUGGAGAAGCGUCUCUAUUGCAUCAAUUAUAAGAUUUUUUUUUCCUAACAGUGGCCACAAGGGCAGUUGAAGUCAGAGAAAAGCAAAUGUAAAAGGAUUUGGCCCUUUUAUGUUAAAUGUCAUGUUUUAAAACAAAUCCCACUUGUGAAUACUAAAAUACACGCGUGUACAUUUUUUAUAUGGGCAGAAAAGUAUUAGACUUUCUUCUGUACAUGAAUAUAGAACUGGUGAUUCUUGACAACAUUGGUGUGUGCUUUAGUAGCUACAGUAUUGUACCAUUAGACUUGCUGUGUAUUGUAGUGUUUGCAAGGUAAAUGCACUGAUUUAAAUGUAAAUGAUUGUGAUUACAGGACACUGACCUUUGUCAUUAAAGACUGAAGUGAAAGACAAUGAAAGGAUGUCAAACAUCUAACAUUUGCAUGGCAUACUGUCAGGGUGGCGGCAUCAAGAACUCGUUUUAUUCACUUUAAAUUAUGGGGAUGUUUUUAACUUGUUCAUUUGUGUGCUAACGCUUGCUCGUCUAUUGAAUGAUCUAAUUUGUGCUCCCCAGUUAUUCAUGCUUCUAUAUUACCGUUAAGUUUCUGUGCCAGUAUUGGGACUGAAGUUACAGAUGAUCAGUUACAAACUGGUCUCUUGGGGAAGAGCUGUUGUCCAAAUGUUUAAUUAAAAUAAAACAAAUUCUUUAAAA